AUGAGUCCGUCGCCAGAGCUGUACCCGAACCUACAUCACAUCCCCGACCUCGAUCAGGCAACGGAGGAUGACUUGCGGCAAAUCAUCAGAACUUACCCGAUCAUCGACAAUCAUGCCCACAAUAUCCUCACCGAGGACAAUGCCUAUGGGAGUGCCGAUCACCCGUUCGAGACUGUCACGUCUGAAGCACAAGGCCAUGCCUUGACAGAUCAUGUGCACACCAGCCUGGCGCAUACACGGGCAAUGAAGCAGUUGGGUGAACUCUACCAAUGUCCGGGGACACUGCAAGAUGUCAACGCAUGCCGAUAUGAAUGGAUACGACGAGACUACGACUCUCUGGUCAAGCGUUGUCUCGAGGGCACACACUCCCUACUGAUCGAUGAUGGCCUGCCAGCUCAAUUGGUCCAUCCCUACAAGUGGCACGGCGCAUAUGUGCCAUCGGUGUACCGAAUCGUCCGAAUUGAGGCUGUAGCUGCCGAACUUCUCGAGCAGCUCGCCAUAGCUUCCGGCUUCCUUAAGGUGGGACUCGAUGCAGAUUGGAACAUUUCGCAGACAGAGUCCUUCAUCGUCCGCUUUAAUACAGUCUUCAGAAACCAAAUCCGGACACUCGCAAACGAUCCAGAUGUUAGGGGCUUCAAAUCAGUGGUCUGCUAUAGAAGUGGCCUCGACGUUCAGCUGGACUCGAGAACGAACCUCCGUCCGCACCAGUCCCUCACCGGCUCAAAUCUACUAACAGCGUUCCAUGAUUUCAUUCAAAAUGCAGUGCGCAACCACAACUACCGCAUUCAACGAAAGGAGGUCAACGAUUUCCUCGUUGUGUCGGUCUGCGACGUUUUGGACAAGCUAGUAGACACCGAUGGCGAGUCACUACCGUUCCAGUUCCAUACGGGCUUGGGAGAUAAUGACAUUGACCUUAUCAAAGCAAAUCCAGCAUAUAUGCAGCCACUAAUCGAGGCGUUUCCUCAUGUCGAUUUUGUCAUCCUGCAUUCCUCGUAUCCUUACACACGCGAGGCUGGCUAUCUGGCAUCAUGUUACAGCAAUGCGUGGCUGGACAUUGGCGAGGUCUUCCCAAUGCUCUCGCGCGAUGGCCAGGAGUCGAUGUUGCGGCAGGCGCUGGAAUUGACUCCUGCCUCAAAGCUAUUGUGGAGCACUGACGGACACUUCUACCCAGAGACGUAUUGGCUGGCAAACAAACAAUUCCGGUUAGUGCUCGAGAAAGUUCUUCUGGACUAUGUCGCUCAGGAGGACCUGACGAUUCCCCAAGCUGUGCAUGCUGCAGUUGAUAUCAUGUUUUGGAACUCCAGCGGACUCUACCGACUGGACGAAGAGCGAAAAUAUCCCGAGCUGAUGCGUGCUUUGGGUCAGCACAGCGCUGGUAGCAUGAAGACAAUUGUGAAUGGUAGUUCGAAACCCGGUUCUUACAUCUCUGCUGCCAGUACCGCUGUCGACGGUCCCAGCAGCUCGACUGGAAGGCCAGGAGUGCAGAACCUGUCAACAACCAGUUCUCACUCCGACGGUUCGAAUGCCGGGCAAUCUUCUGGCAACAGCAGCAUUCUGGUCGAAGACGACUCACUUCCAAGUCGUGACGAUAACAUGGCCAAGCUGAAAGCAUUCCUUGAAGCGAAUCCUGAAGUCAAGUACAUCUGGAUGCAAAUGCUCGACUACACGGGUACCAUGCGGCUACGAAUGACACCUAUCGAUGCCUUCAAGAAACAGCUGAGCACAGGCAAGCUAUCCUACACAACGACUGCAAUUACACGAAUCAUGCAGGACGAUCACCCUGCCACUGGAAUGGUAGCAACUGGGCAGUUCCUUAUGCUACCAGAUUUGUCGGCUUUGACCAUCAAUCGAGGCCUGUCGUCACCGUCCGCUUGCGUCCCUGUCUGGUGGAUGGAGGACACACUUGCAGUCCCCGCCAAGCAUCAUUGGGAUCGCUGUCCGAGAUGGGCUCUACAGAAACAGGCCAACAACCUCAAACGCGUAUUUGGCAUCGAUGUCCUCCUCGGCUUUGAAGUUGAGGUCGUGUUCACGCGUCCGGUGUUGGAUAAGAAUGGUCGCGACAUCAUCGAUUUUGAACCACUGUCCGAGGUGCAUUCUUGGUGCAACAUGACGUUCCAAGAUCUCGACUUGCUGCCAAUGGCGGAAGAAAUUGUGGACGCUCUCGGGGAUAUCGGUUGCCCUGUUGAUCAAUUCCACACAGAGAACGCGACUGGCCAGUGGGAGUUUCCACUCCCGUGCUACACUCCCGUAAGAGCUGUGGACAUGCUCUACAAAGCUAGGGAUGUCAUACGCAAUGUCGCCAAAUCCCAUGGUCUGAAAGCAACAGUGUAUCCUAGACCAUACAGCACAACGGCUGGAUCUGCUCAGCAUGCGCAUUUCAGCAUCAAUGGUCCGAACGUCGUCCAACGCUAUGCAAAUUCGUUCUUGGCAGGAGUGCUCAAGCAUAUGCCAGCGACCACAGCAUUCAGCCUGGCCAUCGAAGAGUCAUACGCGAGAGUAGCUGCUGGCGUGUGGUCUGGUGGUGAGUGGGUGACGUGGGGCCAUCAAAACAAGGAGACUCCCAUUCGCGGCAUUGCACCAGGCCACUGGGAGCUCAAGAGCAUAGAUGGGAUUGGCAAUGCCUAUCUGUCCAUGGCUGCUUUGUUGGCUACAGGCCUCGACGGCGUCGCUAAUCAGUUGCCUCUGGAGCACAAAGACUGUGCAGAAGAUCCAUGUAAGUUGGAUGAAGAAGGAAGAGCACGACUGGGCAUCACGACGCAGUUGCCGCACUCCCUCGAGCAAAGCUUGUCUGCGCUGGACAAGAGCAAGUAUCUUCGCGAGGCACUCGGUGAGGCUCUUGUGGAGGACUAUCUGGCUGUAAAGAGAUCCGAGUUGCAGAAGUUGCAGGCCAUGGACGAGCAGACGAGGCGCGUAUGGUUGAUGAGCCGCUAUUGA